CUCCAAUAGUGAUGGACUUCGCAAAACAGUCCCUAGAUGAUCAAUAUAAAGGUUGCAGAGACAAAAUGUUACAAAAUGUUCAAAAGGUUUACCUGCCUAGAGAACUGAAACAGAACCCAAAAUUUAAUUCCGCCUGGUCCAACGCAAAAUCGGCAAUGAAAUACAAAUCUCUGGGAUAUCUGACUCUAGAACAAGCCACUGCCAUCUACGCUUACACAAUGCCAGGCGUUUACAGUGACUUCAACACAGCGGUCAGAAACGGAGGCGGAAAGAAUUACAAGGCGUUCCCAUUCAAGGCACUGCAUUUUUACUUAACCGAUGCCCUGAAGAAGCUGAAAACCAAAUUUAAAAACUGUUAUAAUGUGUACAGAGGCGUUUCCAAGCCCACAAGCGUGGCCAAGGGUAAAACUGUCCGCUUCGGCCAAUUCACCUCCACUUCACGAAGCCUACAAAAAGCUAUACAAUUUGGAUCUGCAACAAUUUUCUACAUGGUCACGUGCCAGGGCGCAUCGAUUCAAAGUUAUUCGCAGUUCCCCGCUGAAGAUGAGGUGCUGGUGCCGCCAUUUGAGAGGUUCCGAGUGGAGGGCGUCAACGGGAAUCAAAUCAGACUGACACCACUGCCACAAACCACAAGCAUUUACAACUGCCUGGCAGUGCAUAAAGGAAAGAAACACGGGUGAUGUCAGGGUUGAGUCUACAGUCACGUGACACGAGUCACGAGACUAACGCAGGCUGCGCAAUACAGAUAUUCAAUCUAAAUUCAUUCAUUGUGGGCCAUUUGCUGUGCGCUAUAUAAAACAUUUCAAAUCGAUGAAGAGACACUAACUGACCUCUUUUUAUUGUUUUUUUUUAAGUCAAAGACUUGGCAGCUUUUAUAACAGCAAAGCUACAUUCAGAAAUACAGGGUCAGUGUUUGAAUCUUCAGAACAUGAAAAAAAAAAAAAAA